CUCCGCAGUUUUCCGCAAGGUGGCGCAGAGUUAACGACCGACUUUUUUCUAUACUCAGAGCUAAGCUAUAGCAAGUGCAAACCGAGUCCUAAAGACAACGCAAUGGCUGCUAGAUUCAUACAGAAAAUUCUUAAUCAAUUGGGUCUGACCGCUGCGCGUGAUGCGACAGGAGCGUCUUCGACACUCCAAGCCCAGGUCAACACAACCCCCGCUGCCAGCCGUGGCUACUCCUCCGGGACCAAGAAGGUCACGUUGAUUCCUGGCGAUGGCAUCGGACCUGAGAUCUCCGCGGCUGUCCAGAAGAUCUUCACGGCUGCCAAUGUGCCCAUCGAGUGGGAGGCCGUCGACGUUACACCCGUUCGGGGUCCCGAUGGCAAGUUCGGCAUUCCACAAGCCGCCAUUGACUCCGUCAACACGAACAAGAUCGGCCUGAAGGGCCCACUCAUGACGCCAGUCGGCAAGGGUCACCGCUCCCUGAACCUGGCCCUGCGCAAGGAGUUCAACCUUUACGCUAACGUACGUCCCUGCCGCAGCCUCGAGGGCUACAAGACGCUGUACGAUGACGUGGACGUCGUCACCAUCCGUGAAAACACUGAGGGUGAAUACUCCGGUAUCGAGCACGAGAUCGUCGAUGGCGUUGUCCAGAGCAUAAAGCUUAUUACCGAGGAGGCUUCCAAGCGAGUAGCCGAGUACGCCUUCCAGUACGCGAAAAACAACAACCGCAAGAAGGUGACUGUUGUGCACAAGGCGAACAUUAUGCGAAUGUCCGACGGUCUCUUCCUACGUUGUGUCCGUGAUAUGGCCCAGAAGUUCCCUGAGAUCCAGUUUGAGGAGCGGUAUCUGGACACAGUUUGCCUUAACAUGGUGCAAAACCCCGGCAAAUACGACGUGCUGGUCAUGCCAAAUUUGUACGGUGAUAUUCUGUCCGACAUGUGCGCCGGUUUGGUUGGCGGUCUCGGCCUGACGCCCUCCGGGAACAUGGGUCUCAACGGAGCACUCUUCGAGUCCGUGCAUGGCACCGCUCCCGAUAUUGCCGGAAAGGAUUUGGCCAACCCCACCGCCCUGCUGCUGUCGGCGGUGAUGAUGCUGCGCCACAUGGAGCUCAACCCGUACGCUGACAAGAUUGAACGGGCCGCCUUUGAAACCAUCAAGGAGGGCAAGUACCUCACUGGAGAUCUCGGUGGCCGCGCCAAAUGCUCCGAGUUCACGAACGAGAUCUGCGCCAAGCUGUAGGCGCCUCCAUCGGACCGCCAACGCACCAAGCUGCAGCCAGCGUCGUCAACAACAACUGAACCGAGCAGAUCACAGCCGAGGAACCACUAAGAAAAAAGUGCAGAGGGAGGAAGAUGCAGUACGAACAACAACCACUGAACACUCGCCCCAAACCAAAAAUAUGUAGCAGCCACAACAGAAACCAGAACAGCAACCACACUCACAAGACUUGCCGCCAGUUUCUAUCGUUAAAUCCCUUAAAAUUUUGCCAAAAUUUCCCUCUUCCGACAAAAAGUUUAAAAUGGAAACUACCCAAAGUAUUUUUAUGUUCGAAUACUUAUGUAUAUUAUUUAAUUUUCUUAGGCCAAAAACGCAAGAGUUAUAUUUUUAAAUUUUGCUUGCAUUAGUAAAGUAUUUUUGAACCCAUCCAAUCAGCCCCUCGCGCUAUUAUUGUUUAUAUAAUUAAAACGAACCUAAUAAUUUGUAUUAUUUAUUGAUGUUAGCCUUUUGAGUUAAGAAUGAAAGUCCUAAAUAACCACAAUAUGUAAUCACUUGCAUGUGCCGAAACACCUGUAGAAGGCAAUUUGUUCUCAAUUCGGUGUAAAACGAUUGAAAUGGAGGUCUGACUAGUUGAAAGUUGAGUGCGGACGGUUACAAUAAUUUUAUUUUACAAAUACAAUAAACAAGUGAAACUUAUUCAAACCAAGGGAGUAAAACACAAAAGCUACGAAAUUUAAAGCAAUUGUUACUGAUAAUUAAGUAAAAUAUAUUGCAAAAGCAUUAUGCAAUUGUUAAAACUCAAUAAAGGAAACUAAAAAUAAAAA